AUCUUGUCUCCGUAUUGAUAGUUUUACUACUCUGUUGCUGCUCAUUUCGCACUAGUUUCUGCAUAGUUACUUAUUGUUGACGUGAUGUAUAGCUAAAAAUAAUGAAAGGACUCGGUCCUCGAUUCAAAAAAUAGACUAUUAGUUUUUUUUUUUUAUGCUAUAACUCAUGUCCUUUUAUGUUAUUAUUUGUGUUAUGUAAUGUAUAUGUCUAUGCACAUGCUUUUAUAAUUUGCCCACAGUCUGUAUACUUGUUAUGCUGUUGAAUCCAAUCCACCAAAAAGACUUUUAAACUGUUGCAAAUCCGUCCUGGUUGUGUUGCUGUGGUGACGCUUUACGUCGUUUGGAUCAUGGCGGAGUCGUUGAACGGUGUACAGUUGAGCACGAAAUGGCAGGAAGCUUCGAACAGAGGGGCUGCCAUACUCUGCUAUUUAGGGGAGCAAGUCCCUCUAAUUUACUGUCUGGAGACGGAGCCACAACAAGGGGAGGAGGAGAAAAAGGUUGAGCAACGCCUCCUGUAUCCUCUGGAGUGCUUCCUUUUUGGAGAGGACCCCUGUGUGGGCCUGCAGAAGCUACAGCAAUACAACAGCAGCUCUUCAGCUCAGCAGUGUGGACGUGUCUUUAAAGAGGGCGAGACCGUCUACUCCUGCAGGGAUUGUGCAAUAGAUCCCACCUGUGUACUCUGCAUAGAAUGCUUCCAGAAGAGCGUGCACAAAAGUCAUCGCUACAAGAUGCAUGCCUCAGCAGGAGGAGGUUUCUGCGACUGUGGAGAUUUGGAGGCUUGGAAGAGCGGACCCUGCUGCUCCCAACAUGACCCUGGCACUUCAGUCACUAUGGAAACGGAUGAGUGCGUGAUGGAUCCAGGCCUUCGAGAAAGGGCUCAGAUGCUGUUCCACCUGUUGCUGCGGUACAUGACAGACAUGCUGGUUUGGAAAGAAACCUAUGAGCUAUCAGAGGAGCUAAAGCCAAAAGUGAAGGAAGACACCUACUUCUGUGUGCUCUACAACGAUGAACAUCACUCAUAUGAUCACGUCAUCUACACACUUCAGCGCGCGCUCGCCUGUGACCAGAAUCAGGCCCAAAUCUACACUGCACUUAUUGACAAGGAAGGCCGGAAAGCUGUGAAGAGAGGUACUCUCAGUUCCUGUCAACAAGCCAAGGAUAAUAUCAGACAUAACUCGGAGCACAUCAUCCAGAUACCUUUGCGGGUGGAGAUCCUUCACACUGCUAUAAUGGCUCAUCAGACCUUCGCCCUCAGACUUGGCGCAUGGUUUCAGAAGAUCAUUGGCUACUUAGUUGGCCUCAGGGAGGUAUUCUGUCAGGUGGCUUUGGAGCCGGCUGCUGACAACAAUCAACUCUGCCUGAUCAGUCGACUCAUGCUGCACGACGCCAAACUUUAUAAAGGAGCUCGCAAGGUUGUCCAUGAGUUAAUUUUCAGUAGUUUACUGAUGGACACAGAAUUCAAGAGGCAGUUUGCCAUGAAAUUCACAGAGCACUACAAGCAACUUCAGGAAGACUUUAUCAGCGAUGACCAUCAGAGGAACAUCUCAAUCACAGCCUUAUCUGUGCAGAUCUUCACUGUUCCCACUUUGGCCAGGCAGUUGAUAGAGGAGGGCAGCGUCAUCAAGGUCAUUAUAGACACUGUGAUGGAUAUGAUGAUGGAACAUCUGGACAGCAACAACCGCUUCCAGUUCCAGGGCCACAACCCUGACAAGUUCUUCCGGGUUCAAGUUAUCUUCCAUGACCUCAGGUACAUUCUAAUCAGUAAGCCCUCCGUGUGGACUGAGACGUUGAGGGUGAAGUUCCUCGAAGGUUUAAGGAUCUUUCUUCACUUCUUAUGUUGUAUGCAGGGGAUGGAGGAGGUGAAGAGGCAGCUUGGUCAGCAUGUUGAGGUGGAGCCCGAGUGGGAGGCGGGACUUACCCUCCAGAUGCAGCUGCGCCACAUUCUCGCAAUGUUUCAGGACUGGUGUUCUUCUGACGAGAGGGUUCUGUUGUUGGCCUUUCAGGAGUGUCACAGAGCUCUAAUGUCCUGCACUAACCAGCCCUUCCGCAGCGAGCAGACAGACAGCUACAUGUGCAAGCAGAUCCUCCACGCACGGCCGUAUAAAAUCUCAGAGGAGCCCGUCUCCAUCCAUCUGCCAAUCUCCAGACUCCUGGCCGGUUUAUAUGUGCUGCUGUGCCAGACUGGAGCAAUCCAAUACCUCCCUGACUUUGUGGAUCCUGUGCAGCUGAACUUCACUGAGCUGGCGGAGCAGCCUCUGCGCUGUGUUGUGCUAGCAGCUCAGGUGUGUGCUGACAUGUGGCGCAGAAACGGCCUGUCGCUCGUCAGCCAGGUGUAUUACUAUCAGGAUGUUAAGUGCAGGGAUGAAAUGUUUGAUAAAGAUGUUAUCAUGCUGCAGAUUGCUGCUUCCAAAAUGGACCCCAAUCAUUUCCUCAUGCUUGUUCUUUUGAGAUUUGAACUCUUUGAUAUUUUUAAUGACAACUCCUCCAGCAAAGAUCAGGAAGUACUGAAACAGUGGAACAGGUUAACAGAGGAGAUGCUUUACCUGAUAAUCAUCAUUGCAGGUGAACGGUAUGUGCCUGGAAUCAGUCAUGUGACUAAGGAGGACGUGACUAUGAGGGAGGUCAUCCAUCUGCUUUGUAUUGAACCCAUGGCUCAUAGCAGCCUGGUUAAAUUUAUUGCAUCACAGGAAAGCCAUGAAACAGGGCUUGAGACUGUCAUCUCUAAGGUUGCCAUUUUCAAGAAACCAGGAGUGUCAGGCCAUGGCUUGUAUGAACUGAAGAAAGAAUGUCAAGAAUAGUUAAACACCCACUACCACAACCACACCAAGAACACAGAAUAGUAAUUAAAAAGAAGCAAACAUUAACUUGCAGAAGAGGCUCAGAAGAAGAGGAGAACCCAAGAGGGCAGUGAUAAAGCCCUCCGUCCCCCAGUGCCUCCUCCCUUCUGUCCAGCCUUCUCAAACAUAGUGUACCUGCUCUGCUGUGACAUCUUCAUCCAUAUUCUGAAGAGAAUCUUCCAGAAAGCAGCGGAGGACCGUUCCAACCGAUGGACUGAACCCAUGAUUCAGAGGGCCCUUCACCUUGUAGGCCAGGCUCUACUGGAGGAAAAAACGCAGUUGGAAGGCAGCAGUACUGAGGAAGUGACCUUUGACUUUAGUCUGAAAGCACAAAAAACUGGUUCAAGACACGGCAAAUCUUUGUUCCACUUCCUGACCAAAAUGAAGUCUUUACCUUCUCUGAAAGCUCAGAAUGACAUGAUCAUGUGGAACUUACAGAUGUUUGAGGUGGUGAAGUGUCUUCGAGAGAAAUCCGGUCCGGUUGCUUCAUUUUCUGUGGAUCACAGCAAGUUGGAGGAGAGUGUUCAGGAUAAAGAGAAAGCCGAGCGCAAGAGGAAAGCUGAAGCUGCUAAAGCCCACAGGCAGAAGAUCAUGGCUCAGAUGUCGGCCAUGCAGAAGAACUUCAUAGAGUCCAACAAGAUGCUUUAUGACAACGUGCCUGAGAGCUCGAGUCAGAGCGACACCGCCGCGUCUGUGGACAGCUUCAGGAUGGAUGUGGAUGAGAGCAGGGUGGCUGUGGGGCCUCAACAGGGCGUUUGUUCCACAGACUGGGAGGCUCAAAUCUGCAUCCUGUGUCAGGAGGAGCAGGAGGUUCAGGCUCAGGCACCAGCCAUGGUCCUCACAGCCUGUGUGCAAAGAUCUACUGUUCUCACCCAGAACCGUGGAAAGACACUCUCCCCUAAAGUAGGCACCUAUCCCCUGUUCAUGCCCCCUGAUCUGGCUGUGGGAACACACACCGGCAGCUGUGGGCAUGUGAUGCACGCCACCUGCUGGCAAAAAUACUUUGAAGCUGUGCAGAACACCACUCGGAACCGGCUGCAUGCAGAUCUGAUCAUAGACCUGGAGAACGGCGAGUACAUGUGUCCACUCUGCAAGUCCCUCUGUAACACGGUCAUCCCACUGAUCCCUGUGGAGCCCAGCAAGCUUAACUAUGAGAGUGCUGAGAUAGUUGGUCAGCAUCUCACUCUGGAGCGCUGGAUUCAGAUUAUGUCCUGUCGAAUCAGAGGGCUGAGAGGUACAUGGGAAACAGACAAUAACAGUGAGAAAGCGGCGGAUGAAGCUACGGCACUUUUUGAUGAGAGUCAAGCUGAAUUCAGAUCCAUUCUCAGUUUUGGAGUUCAAGAGUCGCCGAAGUUCUCUCGCAGUAUCACAGAGAUGUUGGGGGUCUGUGCGAACACAGUGCACAGGGUGGGACUACAGACCGCUCCCAAUGACCUGUGCCCAUACGUGCCUGUCAUGUCCUGGAACACAUGUGCCUACACCAUCCAGGCCACCGAUAAUAUGUUACAAGAAGAAGGGAAGCCUCUUUUUGGAUCCCUCCAGAACAGACAGCUGUCUGGACUCAAAGCGUUAGUGCAGUUUUCAGCCGCUCAGAGGCUGAAGAGCAGUCAAGCUGUCAUACAGAAGCAUUUUGCUGAUAUGUUAGCAGUCCUGGUACCGGUUCCUAAUGUAGAAAACACACCAUCAAUAUUAGAAGUGGACUUCUUUCAUCUACUGGUGGGGCUGGAUCUGUCCAUCCCAGCGUUGUAUCAGGAAGCGGCUGUAGACCUGCAGCCUUCAGCAGUCAGCUCAGCGUACAAUCACCUCUACCUGCUGCAUCUGCUCACUAUGGCACACAUGCUGCAGGUCCUGCUGGCCUCACACGAUUGUGCUGUAAUAGGAGGGCGGGGCGAGGGUGAUGAGGCCCAGGCUGCAGCCGAACUCUUCUCUAUUGUGUCUCAACACACUGACAGGUUAAGAGCUGGUGUGACUGGUUUCUGUGUAGAGGGUGUAAAGAGAGGUGUGCUUCCCUUCCUGCGCUGUGCUGCACUGUUCUUUAAUUGCCUUACAGGAGUGCCCCCUCCAGAGGAGCUGUCCGGUACUACAGAAUCACCUGAAAGUCAGCUGCAUCUGUUGUGUAGUUACCUCUCUUUGCCCUCCAACCUGUUUCAACUCUUUCAGGACCACAGGGAUGUUGUAACCACCUUAAUAAAGAGGUGGUGUGAGAAUACAGCCAUAUCCAAAGCCCUCAAAGGUGAAAUGCAAAUCAUCAGGUAUCCUAAUAAGAGAAACAGGCUAAUAGAUCUUCCAGAGGACUAUAGUGUGUUGCUCAAUCAAGCGAGUCACUUUAAAUGCCCAAACUCAUCAGAUGACGAGCGAAAGCACCCGACUCUGUGUCUUCUGUGCGGGGUCAUGCUGUGUGCGCAGAGCCCCUGCUGUCAGGAACAGCUGAAUGGGGAGGAAGUGGGUGCGUGCACGGCUCACGCCGCCAUCUGUGGGGCUGGAGUGGGAAUGUUCCUCAGGGUUCGAGAGUGUGAGAUCGUCUUGAUGGCCAGUAAGACACGGGGCAGUCCCUAUCCAGCACCUUACCUUGACGACUAUGGAGAAACCGACCCUCAGCUUGGGCGUGGGAACCCGCUGCACUUGUGUCCAGAGCGCUACCGCAAGUUGCUUCAUAUGUGGCAGCAGCACUGCGUCCUGGAGGAAAUCGCCCGCAGUCUGGAGGUCCUCAACGUCAUGUUCCCCUUUGAGUGGCAGAUGCUUUGAGCUCCGAGACUGCCAGAGGAAGUGCAAGACCUGCCGACUGCAAGGAGUAAUAAACUCCCUCACUUCUCUACACACUGCUGUCUGUGUUUUCCAGCAGCCUGUGCAUUAUGGGUAGUCACACUAAACAGACCCGUAGAAGAUAUUAAAGAAGCGAAUGUGUUUUCUCGGUUCUCUCUUUAUUUAUCUAGCUUGGGUUGCAGAUCUACACUCGUUUUAGCACUGCAGCUUUUUCUUUUUGCUCAUUGUGGUGUUUUUGCAUUUGUUUUCAGGGUGUAAAGAUUUAUUGCAGGGCUUGUGUCUCUACAAAACGCAAACUUUUUUUUUUUUUUUUUUUACGCCUAUGUGAAAUGCUUGUCCUCUCACCCUGCGAGAAAUGUAUUCAUGUGAAUAUAAUAUAUCUAUGUACCACUUUAUUAUGUAAAGCUGCCCUCAACAUAAAAAAGUAUAUUCAGUGUAAAGUAAAGUACAGUAAAAUGCUGUUUUGCAAAUUAUCUUCUCUGGUGACUCUCACAAAAACAUGCCCGGGUCACCUGCUCCGCCUAAAAAUAAGUCAUAUUUUUCAUAAAAAUAGUUUUUUUUCAUUAACAUUUUGUUUUCUUUUAAAAUUCUCAUUACUAGUACAAUAAAAUUACUAUAUACUUUUUAAAAUUAAAUCAGCAUGAAAACCAAAAGGACAACAAACAUAAUAACAAAAAAAUAAUACAAUGAAUAUAAUUUUUUUUCUUACAGUGACAAUGAGAUUUGUUACAGUAAUACAUUUGGGAGAAAAUAAUCUUGAUGCAAAUUAUGUUAAUAUUUCUAAUAAUAGGCAUCAUUUAAUUUAAGCAAUUUUCUUUUUCUUUUUUUGAUUUUGGGGUGAAAUAUAACCCAGGCAUCUGCUUGACAGGUUUCAUGAGAUUCACUCACUGUGGAUGUCAUAUGACAUGUAAAUAAACAAUAAUGUAUAAUUAGAUGAUGCUAUUUUACUAUAAGAAUGCAGCUGUGAUUUAAAUUAAGCAACAAAAUGUCAAUCACAUAUAAUCACAUGCAACAAUGUUAAUUCAAGUAUAAUCCUCUGUACUGUAUACUAAAUCAAACACAAGUGCUUUACUUGAGCGUCAGUCAAAGUCCGGAUUUCUUUUUUUAUUUCUUUUAUUUUAUUUUUUCUCCCACUCAUGGUCUGGUUCAAGAUGUAAGAGCUUUUAAUUUGCACUUGGCUUUAAGGUUCUUAUGUACAUGAAAUAAACUACUGAGUGACAUCACUAUUCUGAUGGAUCUCUUUCACCUCACA